GACAUCGCAGGCAUCUGAAUGUUGAGGAGCAACGCUGAGAAUGUCCACAGAAGGAGAAUCUGAUGAAUGAGCUGGUGGCUAAAAGAAGAGAUUAGCAUCAGAGGAAGCAACAACACCAGCCUGACGUGGGGCAGAGGAGCAUCUCGGCUGGCAGCGUGGACUCACAGAAGCAGGCAGGAUGGAUGUGGGCACCCAGACCCAGCCAGCCUCAGCUCAGCAAGGAGGCAGAUACCACAAGUUCCAGUGCAACACAACAGCUAUGGAAGAAUUUUUCCUUGAAGUUCCUCAAGCCGUGCCGGCCAGGGACAAAGCCCCGAUCGAAGCCAUCAGAACUAAAGGCAAAUAAGCCCAAGGCUCAGAACCCAACACAUGCAGAGCCACAGGGAAGGCAGCGGCUCCAUAUGCCCACAGGAGGAACAGAGACGAUUGGUAACACAAUGAUUUCCAUCUCCCGCCACCAGGAGCAGGGUGAGCCCUGGGCUACUCAAGCAGACCCUGCUGCACCACUACACCCAUCCCAAGCACAGAGCAGCUCCUGCUACCCACAUAGGCCUCUGGCAGUGAGCACACAGCCAGACCAGCCUGACAAUGGUGGACAGCAGCCACUGCUCUUUGUCUUCAAGCAGAAAAUGCCCCCCCUUGCCAUGGCUGCUCAGGGUCCUGCAAAGCUGAAUCGUUCGGCGUCUUUAGAAAUGGAAAUAGUGCCACAGUGCACCCAGCCAGCACCCAUCUCCAUGCAGCUGACCCCACAAGGGAAUUUUGUCCAGCAGCGUUCGCAGCCCCCAGCUCUGCACAAUAAGGGCAAGUCGGCUCCAGUCACCUGCCAGCCCUCCAAGGUCAGGCAAGCGCCAGUGGGAGUCAGCGUUUCCCCUCCCUGCCUGGAGAUCAUCUCGCUGAAGGAAGGCUUUGCCAUCAAGACCUUUCCCAGGUGCAGCCAAAGCUGUUUGCCUGCAGACCCCAACAGAACCCGCGCUGAGCCCCUGCCAAGGGCUGCCAAGGCACGGGGCGUUCCUGUGAGAAGCCGAGCACCGAGGUCUGUGCCCCUGCCUGGAGCCAAGUGGGUACACAAAAUCCUGUAGUGAGAAAUCUUCCCCAUCCAGCACCUGUGAGGAUCCAGUACCUGUGAGGUUCCUGUGAGGAUGGUGCAGCUUCAAGCACACAGCAACUCUGCUCCAGCCAGUUCACAUUUUAAGGAUGCUUUCUCCCCACACAUCCUCAAACCACAGGCAAGAAACUAAUAAACACAAUGCUGGUUCAGUGUAAA